CGAAUCCAGAAGAAGUUAAAGUCAAUCCAUCUAUCUGGAAACGAAUUUUUGAAACAUUUUUAUUUGACGUCGAACUCAACCAACAAAGAAAAGAUUGAGAAACACAAAAGGAUGAAGGAAAAAUUGAGAUCAACACUGAAAAAAAUAGAUAGUCUUCACAAGCUUCGCCAAGAAACCGAGGAUGAGACAUCGACUCCUCCUCCUCCGAACACUAGCAAUACACCUCGUCAACAUGUCAGCGAUGAUGUGUGGAGAGAAUCGCUCAAGAUUGCUCGAGAGAUGGUGAACCCUCUGAGGAUUUCGAUCAUGAAGGCCUUAGGAUUACCCUUAGAACAGGAUCAAAAUGGUGUUAAAGCAAUCGCGCAAAAAAUAAGUGCUAAUCGAGACAUGAGUCAGCCCGUCAUUGUCACGUCUCGUGACGCUAAAAAUGACGGUAGUCAUCAAAAGGUCAUCGCACGAGAUAAUAAUAAAAAUUCUAGUGAUCAACGAGUUCGAGUUCCAUCAAUACGUGAUCCUAAAACAAAUCAAAGUUCUCAGAGAGCCCCUCCCGUUCGAGACGCCACGAAUGAUGUUGGUUCUCGGAAACUAGUUCGCGACUCUAAGACUGAAUCACAAAUGCCAAGAACAAAUGGGGAGAUUAAACAAAAACGGCCUGACGCUAGUCGUGCCUCACUAGUCUCUUCUAGUGCCGGUCAUGUUGCCCAAGGGCAAUCAAAUCACCAAACCACCAGAUCGAUGGGCUCUCGUCAACACGAAACUGCUCGGGAAGUCGCUAGAUCCUCUUAUUCUUCAGUCAAUGAGACCCCUAGGGCUUCUUCUAACCGAGUUUCUAAUGGAAGCACCAAACUCACUCUCACAUCGAAUCAGGAAUCUCUAAAGCAUGCGAGCAGCACACGCGAGGCACAUAAGAGUUCGAGUUCCACUCGCGUCACCCUCAAUGUAAAUCGUGAUGGACCUCCUUCUCAAGCACAGAGGCGUGAACAACCGCAACCUCAAUCAACCAAUCGUAUCAUUCUAAAAGGAAUUAAGACUGCAAAGACUCCUAGCGGUUCGAGUUCGACUCAAAACUCCCAGACUGUGAGCAAAGCUGGAGUGAAAAGAAAACGUUAG